AUGGACAUAUCGAUCCUGAACCUCGAGCAGAAAGCGAUCGAGAGAUUAAGGGCAUAUCGUCCGCCAGAGAGCGCAUGGGCAUCGAUGCCGCUGUCACGAAAAGCCGCCGUUUUGAUUGUACUGUUUGCGGGUGAACAGGGCGACUUGAGAGUGGUGAUUACCAUGCGUGCGAGCACACUGAGUUCUUAUUCAGGCCACGCAGCGCUGCCAGGAGGCAAAGCCGAGCCCGGCGAGACCGCGUUUGAAGCUGCGAGACGAGAAGCAUCUGAAGAGAUUGGCCUCCCACGACGCGAGGGGGCUUUGCCACCGCCCUUCAGAGUCGAACACUUGUGUGAGAUGCCUACGAAUCUGGCGAAAACUGAACUCGUUGUCCGCCCUUGCAUUGCUCUGUUACACUCGUAUGACCCCAAGACAGGAUUGGAUGCCAGUGUAGCAGAAAAACUGCUGCCCAGGCUGGAUGCAAACGAAGUUGCGGCUGUCUUUUCGGCACCUUUUAAGAACUUCUUGUACCGAGAAGAUCUACCUGGACAGGCCAAUCUCCCAGGGAUACCAAGCGAUUGGUACAAAGGAGCUUGGACAGACUGGCACCAGAGCCGAUGGCGAAUGCACAAUUUCUUUGUCCCAGUCACCAAUCAGAUCGUUUCUAAGCCGAAGAAGAGCGAGGGACAGAAGGCCGCCGCAAGCCAUCUGGAUCAGUACGAAAGGUACCGAGUCUUUGGUAUGACCGCUAGAAUCCUUGUCGAUGCCGCUCGCUACGCCUACGACCAGGAACCCGAGUUCGAGCAUAAUAGCCACUUUGGGGAUGAGGACAUGAUCGUCCGCUUGCGCAAGGCUGGACGACUGGGGGAAAUACGCCGCCCUGGUGAUGAGCUGACUAAAGAAGACUUGAUGAGGGCUGCGAAGCUCUGA